CGUACCUGCAAUUGGCGGAACAAACAAUAUUUUUGAGUUGAUAUUUUUACUCAGUUUUGCAAAGUCCUGGAUGGAAUCCAACAUGCAACAUUGUCAAUAAACCAAGUGAAACAUAAGCAGUAUGUUUGGCCAAGAAGCUGGGUUUGGUCAGUCUGGUGCUGGGUCAGCUUUCGGACAGGGAGCAACUGGACAAAGCCAGCAGUCCUUAAGUACUGGACAGCAAGCCUCUGGCUUUGGCACAACUGGACAAUCAUCAUUUGGAGUCACAAACCAGUCAGUAUUUGGUUCAGCUGGACAAGCACAGACAGGAUUUGUAAAUGCAAUGCAGUCCACUUCAGUGUUUGGUCCAACAACAAGUUCCUCAGCAUUCGGAGGUUCACCACCAGUGUUUGGUGCAACUACAAGUUCAUCAACAUUUGGUGGUUCGCCUUCAUUGUUUGGUACAGUUGCUAAUGCAGCACCAUUUAGUUUACAGGGAUCAUCUACGUUUGGAAGUGCAACAACUGCAAGUUCUUCAGGGUUUGGUCAGACCCAUGGAUUUGGUGUGACCACAUAUUCUAGCCCAUCAACAUUUGCUGGAACAGCUGCCUUUGGGACUGGUACAACAACCCAUUCACCAGCUUUUGGUUCAGGGCAGAAAACAAGUACAUCAGGUUUUGGUAGUGUAACAACAUCAUCGUCUGCGUUUGGUGGUGCAGGACAGACUGGUUCACAAGCAUUCGGUGGUGUAAACUCUUCAACAAAUUUUGGUGGUUCAGGAUCAACUUCAGCAUUUAGUGGUACAAGUCAAACGGCCUCAUCAGCUUUUGGUGGCAUUGGACAGGGCACUAGUUCAUCUAUGGUUGCUAGUUCCAAUCAAACCACCUCUGCAUUUGGUGCUGCUGGGCAGGGCAGUUUAGUAUUUGGUACUGCUGGACAGAGUGGUUCUAUGGCCCAGGGCAGUUCAAACUUUGGUGGCACUGACAAGGCCAGUUUAGCAUUUGGUGGUACUGGCCAGAGCACUAGUGGUCAAGUAUUUGGAGGCACUGGCCAGGGUGGUUCAACAUUUGGAGGUGCUGGCCAGGGUGGUUCAACAUUCAGUAGCAUUGGUCAGAGCACUAGUGGUCAAGUAUUUGGAGGCACUGGCCAGGGUGGUUCAACAUUUGGAGGCACUGGCCAGGGUGGUUCAACACUGGGAGGAGCUGGCCAGGGUAGUUCAUCAUUUGGAGGUGCUGGCCAGGGUAGUUCAUCAUUUGGAGGUGCUGGUCAGGGUAGUUCAACAUUUGGAGGCACUGGUCAGGUUGGUUCAACAUUUGGAGGCGCUGGUCAGGUUGGUUCAACAUUUGGAGGCGCUGGUCAGGGUAGUUCAACAUUUGGAGGCACUGGCCAGGGUAGUUCAUCAUUUGGAGCCGCAGGUCAAGGUGCUUCAACAUUUGGUGGCACUAGCCAGCAAGGUAGUUCAACAUUUGCUGGCGCAGAAAAGUCUAGUUCAACUGUAUUUGGCGGUCAGACUACCUCAGUGUUUGGGAGUUCGACAGGAUUUGGUACAGUAACAACUGCACAGGGACAAACAGCUUCUGGGCAAAAAGGUCAAGAUGCUGGAUCCACAGCUAGCCUCUUUGGUGGGACUAGUACAACCAGCGUAUUUGGAGGUACUUCCAUGACAAGUGCCGGUUCCUUGUUCGGCGGUAAACCCCAGACAGGAAGUACAAUCAACCCUGCAACGUUUGUGGGUGUGACUGGGGACAUCGCACAACAGCUGCACCCUCCGAAAACAACAUUCGUCACCAAGACAACACAGUCAAACACUGGAGUGGAUACACAAGGGACAUCUAGAGGGACAUCUGGGGGACCACAGGAGCAAGGGCUGUUUGGGGCUCCAAAAGCAGCUAGCCAGAGUCGGAGUGGUACAGAUGUUUCUGCUAGGGGCUCUUCAUCCUCCAAACAACUCUUCGGUAAAACAGAUAAUCAAAGCCAGGGUGUAUUUGGCAAAAGUGGCACAAGUGACACACGCAAGUUAGGAAGGAAAACAAGUGACGAUACAGAUGAAGCGCCAAGGGCAAAAAGAACUACGAUACGCCGACUAUCGUCAGUGUCUGGCGACCUGUCUGACAAGAUAGUGAUUGUGUGUAAGAAUGUGCCAGCGAAAUACAACAAUGCCAGGAAUUUGAGGAGUCACUUCUGCAAGUUCGGCGAGGUGAAACGUACCUUCCCAAAUCCCAAAAGGCAGCAGGCUACGAUUCAUUUCAGUACUCAUGACGAAGCAGCCAGUGCUAAACGCCAUGGCAGUAAGAUAGAUGCCGACAUGAAUCCAAUGGAGAUCUUCUGGGGUCGACAUAGUGUUACCUCCCCUGGGGGGCAAAAACAGAAGGAGGAAUCAACUGGCAGGGCAGGAGACCCUGGGAAACGGCGAGCCUCAGAUGCUGACAGAGGCAGACCUCCUCAGACAUCAAAGUGGUUAAAGAGCGAGGUGGACGAUGAACUGAGCAGUAUGGCAGGUACAUCAGACGUCAACAGGGAGGUUGCUAGAUCACUUGACAGGGUGGUCAAGCGUCCAGCAGGUCAGACCCGACCCACACGGAACCUUAGCCCUGCGACACGCACCAGGCAGACCAGUCCUGCGCCAGCAUCAACCUCAACUUCUGCCGAAGACGUCAAGAUCGGCAAAGACUCCCUGCGGACCCUAGCUAACUCGGUUGCACAUAGUGUGGCAGACAAGAUCCAGAUCCUCAAACUGAGAGACAAGAUUAUAAGACAUGGUCGUACAAAGCAACCAAGUUUGGCUACAGCGAGAGCGUUUGUUGGAAACUGCCGUGACAUGUGUCCUGAGAUGGAACGCUACGACAGGCAAGAGAAGCGACGCCUUCAUCCGCUUGAAAUUUUACAAGGAAUCGAAUUACAGCCUGGAAUGAACCCCCAAGCGGACCACCUGAGAGUUGUGAAGGAGUACAGUCGAUCGUCAGCAGAUCAGGAGGAGCCACUGCCCUAUGAGUUACGCCCUAUAUCCGUACUGGUAACCACUAUGAAUUACCUGCUGAAUGAGGUAGCAAACAGAGGAAGUGAUGGGACAUGGGGCGAUUGGUUCGACUUCCUGUGGAAUCGUAUGCGAGGUAUUCGUAAGGAUAUAAUUCAACAGCAGUUGUGUGACAUAAACACAGCUGAACUCCUGGAGAAGUGUGUCCGAUUCCAUGUGUUCUGUGCCGAACGACUCUGCGAAGAAGACAUGUACUCCUUCGAUGAGAAAAUCAACAAUGAAAACAUGACGAAAUGUCUACAGACAUUGAAAGAGCUUUACCACGACCUACUGAAGAAACACAACACCUUCUGUCACAACGAAGCCGAGAUUAGGGCCUAUAUGAUUCUCAUGAACCUGAACCAGGGAGACAUCCUAAGGGAAACACAGCAGUUACGAGCAGAAGUCAGGAACUCGGUACACAUUCGGUUCGCUCUCCAGGUGUAUUCCGCUCUCAACAGCCACAACUAUGUUAGAUUCUUCAGACUUGUACGCGAUGCCUCUUACCUUAAUGCCUGUAUCAUGCACAGGUAUUUCACACAGGUACGAGGUGGAGCACUAAAGAGAAUCCUGUUUACAUGUGGAAAAGGCGACCACCAGUUUGCAGUAGAUAACCUUGUGAGGAUCCUGGCGUUUGAGAACAACACAGAAGCCGCAGAGUUCUGUAAGUUUUACGGACUGAGGGCCAACAACAGUGCAGUGAUCCUGAACCGAUCCAACCUGAUACAGCCAGAAAACAACUGGCUGCCUCGGCGAGCAGAACGACUCAUAGAGUCUAAACGUCUCGUCAGCAUCGGGGAGGUCAUAAAUGGAGAGGCCUUACAACCCGUCAAAUUACCAGCACCAUCUUUUAGUUUUGAUGAGAAUGGGAAGUUUGUGGCUAAUAUUGGUGUCUCUAUGACAGAUAUAGUAGACUUUCCUAGUGCCUCGACAUUGACGACAGAGGUCGAUUCCACACCAGCUGGGGCCCCACCCCCUUACCCAGGUCCAAGCCAAAGCAGGCCCGUGAUCAGGGUAGAAGCCCCCUCCCAGCCAGUACCAGUAGUAGUACCACCUCCUCAACCACAACCGAUGAAAGUCACCAACACGGAGGUGAAGGAAUGUGCCAAGCUGCUGUUCUGGGAGGUCAUUGACGAAUUCUGUGGUCAGGUGUCCUGUGAGGUGACCAGUGAAGUAAAGACCUACCUGGACCAAAGUCACGCCGUUGUACACUCUCUAGUGGAGGAGGUUGUUCAGGAAAAUGUGAAUGCCCUGUCCAUAGCUUACUACAAUGAGAUCCAAGUGUUGCGUCAGCGUCAGUUCAAACAGGAACGGGAGGCCACAUUAAAGAGGGCCAUGGCCACACUUGUCUCUGAGGUCAUCAAGGACGUGACCAAUCAGGAGCUGCUCAACCUUGCCACCGCCAAGGUCAGAGAGGUGAAGGCUGAGCUGAAGGAGCAGCAGAAAGCACGUUGUUCUGUAGACGUUGGUGACGAACUGCUAGAGGAUGUGAUGGGAGAGCUUGUACAAUCUGUGUCAUCUGAUGUCUAUCAGAAAGACGUGGUAGAAAGACUGGAGAAACUCGCAGACAUUGAGAAGUGUGUCCAGCUCAGAAUAGCUGGCAGGUACCUACAGGUGUGGAAAAAGGAAUUCUCUGCUCGACAGAAACUCAAACGUGGAAUGCUAACCUUCCCGUCAGCUCCCGGCUUGGACACAGCAGCAGAACAAAUAGACAUGCUUAUCCCAGACAGGAGAGAGGAUGGAAUCAUAGCCAACAGUUUCUCCAUUAGUGCUGACGCCAGGCUAUCACUGGCAUCCUCCAUACAGCUGUCUGAUCAAAGAUGGGUUGGUGCAAAGCUUCUCUCUGCCCAUGAAUUGUACCAGAAUCUUUGUCACUGUAAAGCUUGGCAGCCUUUUGAUAUUGUUAAGCUCGUUGGAGGAAAUGUAAAGAGAAUCCUGCAAAGAAAACUCAAAGGUAAGCUUCCCACCUCUAUCUAUUGGAAGCUGGCACUGUCCCUCCCAGACCCGGACAUGUGUGAUACAGAGGAGGAUAAAAAUGCAACUGGUCACCUCAAUACCUGGCUAAGGUCAAAGUUCUCCAAAAGUUCAAAGGCCAGAGGUCAGGAGGAAGUGCUGAGUCUGUACAAGGCAGACCUGGUCCAGGAUGAUGACAAAUCACAGUGUAAGCUGUGUGUCUGUGUGAGAGCCAUCCAGGGGCCUCGACCCAGGAGGGGCAGACGGGGCGUGGAGGACCUGAUGGGGGUUAGUGGGAUCAUCCUGACACUACCCCUGGGCAUGGAGGAUAGUCCUGAUUCUACCUAUUGGAGGAGAGUGCGUCAGAGGCUGGAUGGUUUACUCCAGAUGAAGCCCUCUGACCCGGCAGUAUCUCUGGUCAUCCUGUGUCCAGUGUCAUGUGAUCAGUCCAUGGUUACCGACGAUCUGGUCAGGCAGAACAUCAUGGACCACUACCUAAGUCUGGACAAAGUGUCCAAUGUCUACAUACUGGACAUAGAUUACAGGGACGACCUUGAACUGGGUUUUGACCUUGACAGUUUGUCAUUAUCUUCAGAGCUUGGGGAGGCAGUACAGUGGCUGGGUGAGGAAUACCCCAACACACCUCAACUGUGUGUGACCUACAUACGGGACUACAUCGACACCAACCUACACAAGCACUUCUACUCACCUGUCUUCUACAACCUCAAACAGAGGAAGGUCAACGGGUGCUUACACCAGAGGCCCAGCGACCUGCUGUCAUUGUAUAACGCUGUCAUUCAACACCUGGAGGCAGUAGUUACCUCCCCUAGACUACUUGACCUCUCCUGGCCAGUCCCAGAGUUCUGCCGUACAAACGCUGCAGAAGGGCUGCCCACACCCUACUGGAAUGACGAGGAUCACUUGGAGUAUCUGAGUGGCAUUGUCCACGAAAUGGAAUUACCAUGGUUACAGGACAUUGACCUGGAGAAUACAGACUGGUCCGAGGUGUGUGAUGAGAUUUGGGCCUUUGUCCGAAGUGUGGCUGGAGAUGACCAAGGGUCAGCCAAGGUGGAUCUUGUUUCCAAAAUACGUCUGCUGCUGAAGACAGUACGACGAGACUUCGAGGACACCUGUUACCUUAUGGAAGGGGAGAAUCGUUGUGAGCCGAGCUUUGAGAAUGUGCCCUGGACAGACUUGAUCACGGCCUGUAUAGAAUAUAGAAUGGCAUCCGUUAGUUUUACAGACCCACAGAUGGAGGACACUGAGGAAGAAGACAAGGAACUGAAAGUGGUGUACUUUGAGGACCACUUGAAGUCCUACAAACCUCCCGAUACCUGGACUUACCUGGAGAGUCAUCGAGACAUCACAGGUCUACCUUCCCUGAACAACACUGUACAGACUGCCGUAGAGAAAGCUCGGGAGGCUAGGUUAGAGCAGAGUAGGACACAGGACAGAAUUCAGGAGUCUCUCGUAACCUCCUCAACUUGUGCAGAUAUUGACCUUGAGCCUUUGUCACAGGAAGAAAUGGCAGCCAAGGAGGACACACGCCGUCUGCUUGAAUCUGUGAAAGCAGAACGUCGUGAAUCACAGAAAUUUGAUCGGUAUCUACAAAAGGUUUUAAAUGAUUGUGACACAGAGAGUGCAGACCAAACAUUUGACAGAAAUAGUCCGUUGUUUUUUAGUCCCAAUUGUACGACACCCCCAGAAUUCAUGGAUGCGUCUGGAAUAGAGCCAUCUUUGUUCGCAGACUGCAUCACUCCCCGACGAUACAGUUCAUCUGAACUGUCCAGGGUGUCUGACUUUAAGCUCCUGGAUACUUCCACCGCUGACCAAUCAGCUUUGACCAGUGUUGCGGUCGGUGGUGUGUCAGACAAGCUGACAAAACUCCAGGAAGAAAUAGUGCUGUACAGGAGAUCCAGUGACAUCUUUGAACAGAAGCUGCAGAUGUUGAUCGACGAUGGAUUGUGAUGCACAGGAAUAUUUCAAACUUAAAACAGACGUGAAGUGGUAUAUCCGCAUGCUUUUGGAUCUUGUAUUGUGAGUCUGUUCGAAGUGAUUAACAUAUAUUUUAACUCAUUCAGCCCUACAUAUUUCACUUGGACUUACCCAGUCUAUGAUUUGGUAAGGUUCAAAUGUGACUUCAGGGGUGAACGGUUUAAUAACGUCAGCUAUACUUCUAUUAUAUAAAAGGCUUUUCUCUGAAUAUUAACAGUACAGAAUUGCAUACAUCAAUGUUAUAACUAUAGGAGACCCGGUUUAAAGUGGCUUUCAGCAAAAAGAUAAUAGCCCAUUAAAAAUUUGCAAGUGUUCUAUGCUAUGGCCAUUUGGAAUUAUAAAUUUUGCUGAGAAAUAACUUGAAAAUGUCCCGUUGGCUUAAGUGUCUUCCUAACCAAUGCACAGAUCCAAAAUGAUUAAAUCAUGGUAAGAAUUUCAUGUAUUAUACAUUAUUUGUGUCGUGAAACAGAAUCUUUUCAGCAAGACUCCAGAGUUAUCAAAAGUUUCCAUUGAACGACUUCAGUAGAAUACUGUUGGUCAAUUGUUUCAGUCCAAUCAGGUCAAAGGUCACGGAUUGUGGCCCAUAGAUAAAUCAUACAGAUUUUGUGAAACAGAUCAUGGGAUAAACAGAUUUGUGGACUCGUUACGGUCGGGAAACAGAUCAUGGGAUAAACAGAUUGGUGGACCUGUUACUGUCGUGAAACAGAUCAUGGGAUAAACAGAUUGGUGGACCUGUUACGGUCGUGAAACCGAUCAUGGGGUAAACAGAUUGGGGGACCCGUUACGGUCGUGAAACAGAUCAUGGGAUAAACAGAUUGGUGGACCUGUUACUGUCGUGAAACAGAUCAUGGGAUAAACAGAUUUGUGGUCCUGUUACGGUCGUGAAACAGAUCAUGGGAUAAACAGAUUUGUGGUCCUGUUACGGUCGUGAAACAGAUCAUGGGGUAAACAGAUUUGUGGACCUGUUACAGUCGUGAAACAGAUCAUGGGAUAAACAGAUUGGUGGACCCGUUACGGUCGUGAAACAGAUCAUGGGAUAAACAGAUUUGUGGACUCGUUACGGUCAUGAAUCAGAUCAUGGGAUAAACAGAUUGGUGGACCCGUUACGGUCGUGAAACAGAUCAUGGGAUAAACAGAUUUGUGGACCUGUUACAGUCGGUAAUCAAAUUCCUCCGGCGUGCUUGAUUGACCUGUUGUAUGUGUAAAUGUAUUGCUAGAAUGAUUGUGUGAGAGAUGACGGAGAGGAAAUUGUAUUGUGUUUAAGCUAUUGGCUAAUAUCAUUCAUCAGAAAUAAAACUGUUGAC